AAAGAAGGCAAAGAUAAACGUUCUUUAUUUUUGCAUAAAGUCUAAAUGGCUAGCCCAGAUGAUUCAACAUGGAAACUAUUCAUCCACGCUGCAUUGAAUGGAUAUGUUAAUGUAAUAAAACAGUACAUAAAGGCCGGGUUCUCCGUUAAUUUGCCAGCCGUUGGGGGACUAACGGCUCUAAUGCUAGCGUCUAAUGAAGGUCACUUGGACGUCAUUAACAUGCUGAUUACAUGCGGUGCUGAUGUGGAUGCAGUGACAGCUACCGGCGAAACUGCCCUGAUCUUUGCUGUAAGGGCCGCGCAGGUCGAAGCUGUGCGGGUACUGCUUAAAGCUGGAGCUGAUGUCAACGCGGCGAUAAACACAGGGAUUACGGCUCUCAUGAUAGCGGCAUCGAAAAGCCAUUUCAAGAUCUUGGAUCUGUUAAUACAACACGGUGCUUUGGUGAACUUAUCUGAUGAAAACAACAACACUGCUCUACUUCAUUUAGCCUUUUCUGGGAAUGUUGAUUGUUUAAAGUUGUUAAUUCGAGCUCAAGUGGAUGUAAAUCACACCAAUACACACUGUUCGACGGCUUUAAACACUGCUUUAUAUGGAGGACAUUUGGAUUUUAUUCAGAUUUUAAUUAAAAACGGAGCCUCUGUACACAGUGAUGAUUCUUUAAAUUCUGAACUCGUGUUGACUGCGGCGUGCAAGGGGUAUGCUGAAAUUCUAGAACUUCUUCUACAAAACGGAGCUAAUGUUGAUUCUAGCACUGAAGGUGGUUAUUCAGCUUUAAUGAUAGCAUCAGGCCAAGGCUAUGAUACAAUAGUAGUAGUUUUACUAAAGAACCGCGCUAAUAUAAAUUUACAAAAUUCUGAUGGAUGUACAGCAUUGUUUAUCGCCAUAGAGCAAGGUCACGUGGGUACAAUUCGCCUUCUGAUAGAGCGAGGCGCCAGUGUGUUUCAUACAACCAUGAACAACGACACGACGUUAAUGUCAGCGUGUCGGGCUGGUAAACUCGACAUCGUGAAACUUCUGCUGGACAAAAAUGUCAACGUCAAUUUGAGAAACAAGCAAGAGAUGACGGCAUUGCUUGUAGCUGCUUACGGUGGACACACAGAUGUAAUGGAAGCUCUUAUGAAACAUGGCGCCAACCCUAACUACAGCACUAGCUUUCUUACAACUGCGUCCAGAAUAGCCCUAGGUAAAGGCGAUACUAAAAUGUUGAAAGUAUUGAUUGAUGGUGGACUUAACAUGAACGCGGUUGACAGUUUAGGGUGCAAUAUUUUACACAACUGCAUAUUACAGUCUUUGCACGAAACAACAUACUUUGAAUUGGGUUUUCUACUUUUCAGCGAAGAAAAAGAUUGUGUUGAAAUUAAAAAACUUUUUGACGAAUUGCUUAAUUUACCGAACGAUAAGUCAAAUUUGAAGUCUCCAGAAUACACAAGCAAAGUCUACACCUUAGUCUCUACAAUUGCUCUUAAGCUCAAGAUACUAACACAAAAAUACCAUAACGAUACAAAAGCUAAUAUCAUUGAACACUGGAUAAACAAAUCAGAUAAUAUGUAUUUCUUAUAUUUUAAAGAGGAGGCUCGCAAAGUACCAAAGAAAGAUCCGAGCCUUGUACAAUUUUUAAUUAUUAACAAUGUGAAUGUUAAUUUAAUUGACAAAAGAGGAUUAACGCCCUUAAUGAUGACGUGUAUGAUAAACGACAGUGCCAUGGCUGAAGUUUUACUUAACCAUAACGCUGAUCCUAACCAAGUAACACACACUGGGUAUACUCCGCUAGUCCUAGCUUCUUUGUUUGGCAACACUGAAACCAUCCAUCUGCUCAUCUCCUACGGCGCUGAAGUCAAUUUCAUCCACAAGAAAAUGCACGAUACUGCCCUAUUUGCUGCUGCAUUCUCAGGCGAAUCCGAAACUGUUACCGUUUUGAUUGGCUACGGCGCAUGCGUCAACUUAUCGUCCACCAAUAGACAAACGCCUCUCAUUGUGGCUUCAUCAAAAGGGCAUUUAGAUAUAGUAAAUACUUUACUGCAGAACAAUGCGAAUAUCAACGCUCAAGACAAAGAAGGUGCUAGUUCUUUAAUUAAAGCGUGCGAGGUAGGUCAUAGAACUAUCGUAGAAAAACUUCUGGAAAGUGGUGCAAAUGUCAACAUUCGUAAAACAGGAAAUGAAAGCGCGCUAAUUACUGCCACACGGUGUGGAGACGCCGGUAUUGUAAAGGCUCUCUUAGAUCACGGCGCGGAUAUUCACUGUGUUACUGAUAAUGGGGAAAAUUCUUUACUGAUAGCCUUACAACGUGGAGAUGUAGAUUCUAGCAGUCUGCUCAUAGAGCGUGGGGCUAAAAUAGACACAGUUUUAUUGCAUGCAAUGUUCUGCUAUCUACAAUACGCUAGUCAAGAGCUUACUGUUUUAGAAAAUACGCAUACAAAACUGGAUGUUGAACCCUUUCGUCUACAAACUUCCGGUUUUACGACAUUGCUUGCGGCAGUGAUGUUACGUAUUCCAGAUUGUCAUGAAAUACUUAGCAAGAAUACAACAGAUUCUGAUCAAUCAAAUAUGAAAGCUACUGAAUGUGACGGUAACAUACUUUCAAUACACGAUGCAGGAUGCAUUAAUGACGUAAUCACUAGUUCGGAUGUUGAGACGUUCUUGAAAGUGUUUGAGUUUCUGAACAAAAUAAUGAAUGUUGCGACUGGUAUAAACAAAGACGACGUGAAAGUCAAGCUGAUUUUGACUUUUUCAGAGACGGCAAAAUCACUACUUGAUCCUACCCCACCAUCUGAAGAUCAAGAACUAAAUAAUGAACGAGCAACUGCAUUACACUCUUUAAGAUCAGGAGAGGAUAAUCCUGAAAACACAGAUCUACCAACAGUUACAUUGAAGAUGUUUCAAGAUAUUGUUUUGAGCUUAGGUCGAGAGAAAUGUAACAUCAGCGUAAUUAUAAAAGAAGUCCAGGAGGCUAGAAUCUGUCAAGCGGAAAAAGUGGAUAUACACAAGAUCAAUUUGCUUCGUGAUGUUAGUACUGGCAAGAUGAACAUUGACUCAGUCGUGUACUACGCUUCAGAUGGUUGUACAAUUCAACAUAAUAAUAUGUGAACGACGCAAUCUUUUGAAAAGAAGAUUUGAAUAAAAUAAAUGUAACACAUUUUAUAAUA